AUGUCUUCUCACAAGACUUUCAGGAUCAAGAGAUUCCUGGCCAAGAAAGAGAAGCAGAAUCAACCCAUUCCCCAAUGGAUUUGCAUAAAAACUGGUAAUAAAAUCAGGAACAACUCCAAGAGAAGCCAUUGGAGAAGAACCAAGCCAAGUCUAUAG